AAUCAUUUGUGUGCUGGUUUCUUAAUGAUUACUGAAUUGAGUUUCUCUUACUUCGAUUGUGCAUGUGAUCUGCUGCUGUUCUUCCAAGGCUUAUACAGCUCAUCUUCCAUCACUACCAAUACACAAACCAUCAUUGCUAUGAUACAAUUGCCUUGGAUUUCCACAAAUCUUUAACUGCUUCUGAAACCGUAUGGACCAGUAUAUAAUCAUGUAGUAUGGUUUUCUUGAUAACCCCCCACCCCCACAAAUCUUAUUCAUCACUUUUUCUUGUUAUUGAUGAAUUUUGGGAUCUAGAGAUGAGUUAUUUUGCCAACAUUUUGAGGAACUUGUAAAGAACUGUUGAUCUUCAAACCAAGAAAAUGGACAAGAAGUUAUGCCUCUUGUUCAUUUUCUCAGCAUCAAUUUUGUUCAUUGUUGGAGCUGAGCCAGUGGAAGAUAAACAAGCCUUGCUUGAUUUCCUUCACAACAUGAACCACCCUUAUAAUCUCAACUGGAAUGAGAACUCUUCUGUAUGCACAAGCUGGAGAGGAGUAACAUGCAACGCCGGCCGGUCCAGAGUUAUCGCGCUCCGGUUGCCAGCGGCCGGAUUAAGUGGUCAAAUCCCAAACAACACUCUUGGUCAACUUUCAGCGCUUCAGAUUCUGAGUCUUCAUUCAAAUGGUAUAACUGGUCCUUUCCCUAAUGAUUUCUCUGAGCUGAAGAACUUAACAAGCCUCUAUCUCCAAUCCAACAAGAUUUCUGGCCCUCUGCCAUUGAAUUUCUCAGUUUGGAAUAGUCUUACAAUAUUGAAUUUAUCUAACAACUUUUUCAAUGGUACCAUACCUUUUUCAAUUUCGAAUAUGACUCAUCUUGAAUCAUUAAUCCUUGCCAACAAUUCACUUUCUGGUGAAAUACCAGAUCUCAACAUUCCUAGUCUCAAAGAGCUUGAUUUGGCAAACAAUAAUCUUAGUGGUGUUGUUCCUAAAUCCCUUCUUAGAUUUCCAAUUAGAGACUUUGCUGGUAACAAUAAUCUUACCUAUGGAAAUGCCCUUUCCCCUGCAAUUCCCCUGCAACCGCCCAAUGAUCAACCAGCUAAGAAGAAACACAUCAGGAUCAGCGAGCAAACGCUGUUGGCUAUCAUAAUUGGUGCUUGUGUGCUUGGAUUUGCUGUGGUUGCAGCCUUCAUGAUUGCGUGCAUGUAUGGGAAAAACAACGAAAAUGAGCUACCCGUUGAGUCCAAGAAAAAAGAAGUUCCUCUGAAGAAGCAAUCUUCUGAUAGCCAAGAGUCUCAGGACAAGAACAAGAUUGUGUUCUUUGAAGGUUGCAGUCUUGCAUUUGACUUAGAGGAUCUACUGAGAGCUUCUGCUGAGAUUCUAGGAAAGGGGACAUUCGGCAUGACAUAUAAGGCUUCUCUAGAUGAGAAUACCACAGUGGUGGUGAAGAGGUUGAAAGAGGUUACAGCUGGAAAAAGAGAAUUUGAACAGCAAAUGGAAAUUGUGGGGAGAAUUAAGCAUGACAAUGUGGAUGCAUUAAGGGCAUAUUACUACUCAAAGGAGGAGAAACUCAUAGUAUAUGAUUUCUAUCAACAAGGCAGCGUUUCUGCAUUGUUGCAUGGAAAAAGAGGGGAAGGAAGAAUCCCUUUAGACUGGGAGAGCCGUCUAAGAAUCGCAAUAGGCGCAGCAAGAGCCAUUGCUCACAUCCAUGCUCAACACGGAGGGAAACUAGUUCAUGGAAACAUAAAAGCCUCAAACAUCUUCCUCAACUCACAAGGAUACGGUUGUGUAUCGGACACUGGUUUGGCAACCCUGAUGAGUCCAUUGCCUGCACCUGCAACACGUGCUGCUGGAUACCGUGCCCCAGAAGUAACUGACACCCGAAAAUCAACACAUGCAUCUGAUGUCUAUGCUUUCGGGGUCCUAGUACUCGAGCUUCUGACAGGGAAGUCACCAGUACCUGCUGCCGGAGGCGAGGAAGUUAUGCAUUUGGUUAGAUGGGUGAAUUCUGUGGUCAGAGAAGAAUGGACUGCAGAGGUGUUUGAUGUGGAGCUUCUGAGGUAUCCAAAUAUAGAGGAAGAAAUGGUGGAGAUGCUGCAAAUAGGGAUGGCUUGUGCCUCAAGAAUACCGGAUCAGAGACCGAAAAUGACAGAGGUGGUGAGAAUGAUGGAGGAAAUUCGUCGUGUAAACACUGGAAAUCCACCUUCCACUGGAUCUAGAUCAGAAGUUUCUACUCCAACAACUUAUGCAGUUGACAUGAUGGUGGCUUCUACAUCGGUCCCACAGUGAGAUUCUCCAUCCACCCCCCCUCUCCUCUCUCUUUUUUAGGUAUUGGUCAAUAGUUAAUUGUUUACUUCUACAAUGUAAUUCAAUCAACGUUUCAGUUUCAACUUGAUUCUUAACUCGGGGAAGUGGAAUUUGAUCAAGCGGGUCUAUGAAUUUAGUAAGAUAAUUAUUUAGUGCUGAUUUAAGCUAUCGGAUUUAGCUGGUAGUGGCUAUUAUAUUCUAUAUUGUAUCGUGUAGCCAGGGAAUUUUUCUUUUCGUGUGUUAAAUUGUUAAUAGUAAUAACGUAAUGGAAGCUUUACAGUGGCGAA